ACGGUCUAUCCACCCCCCUGCUGCUGCUGCCGCUGCUGCUGCUGCUAGGCUUGCGAUUGCCGCUCGCUCCAGCUGAGCUACGAGUAGCAGCCGCACCAGGGCAGGAACUGACUCCAGCCCUCGGACUUAGGACAUCGCAACACCUUCCCUUGCGUGUGUGAUUCAUUCUCACAUCCUUUCUGUUUAUGCCUGGGGUGGGGAGAAAAAUCCCAAACCAGCUGUGUAAAUGAGUAUGGAAGAUUAUGAUUUCCUGUUUAAAAUUGUUUUAAUCGGCAAUGCUGGUGUGGGGAAGACGUGCCUAGUCCGCCGAUUCACUCAGGGUCUUUUCCCCCCUGGACAAGGAGCCACAAUUGGAGUUGAUUUUAUGAUUAAGACAGUGGAGAUAAAUGGUGAAAAAGUGAAGCUUCAGAUCUGGGACACAGCAGGUCAAGAGAGAUUUCGGUCCAUCACCCAGAGUUAUUACCGGAGCGCCAAUGCCUUGAUCCUCACCUAUGACAUAACCUGUGAGGAAUCCUUCCGUUGCCUUCCUGAGUGGCUGCGGGAGAUAGAACAAUAUGCUAGCAACAAGGUCAUCACUGUGCUAGUGGGCAACAAGAUUGAUCUGGCUGAAAGGAGAGAGGUCUCCCAGCAGAGAGCUGAAGAAUUCUCAGAAGCUCAGGACAUGUAUUAUCUGGAGACCUCAGCCAAGGAAUCAGAUAACGUGGAGAAACUCUUCCUUGACUUAGCGUGCCGCCUCAUCAGUGAAGCCAGGCAGAACACGCUGGUGAACAAUGUAUCGUCACCCUUACCUGGAGAAGGCAAAAGCAUCAGCUAUUUGACUUGUUGUAAUUUCAACUAAAGGCUGGGGCAAGGUGAAGCAAGAGGAAUCAGCAGCUGCCCCAAUGGGCCACGAAUUGCUAGGGAGAUCUGGCGAUGACUGUGGCUCCCGCUCUGGGACCUUCUGACUCCUGUGGGCUCCUGAGCUUACAAAGCAUGGCAGGCCCAGGGCCCUGUCCACAGGCCAGCAUUAGCAGAACAUAUAAUGGUUUCACCCUUUUGCGGUCUGGAGUCGGAUCAAGGAGAAAAUUGCACUAGGCACUCCAUGAUCUGCAGAGCAUGUUGCUUUUGUUUUUUUAAAAAAGCAAGUAAAACGCAUUCCUGAACACAGUCCAGGGGGAAGUGUACCGUAGGGACCCUCCUGCACGGCAGUGGGUGCAUGUGGGGGCUGCUCUUUAGGGCUUCUGGGGGCCCCAGGGUUUCUUGUCUACCAGAUAAACCAAAACUGGGAAGGCCAAGUCCUGUCUCUGCGGUGCAUGUUGAUGGCGCCACGGAGAUUCUGAAAAGUGUUAUUUCUCUUUUCCACCGGCACUUUCAAGAACUUUGGGAUGUAAAAAUGAAAUGAAACUACCCGUGACAACAGUAACAAUCCUUGUUUUAAUAAUACAUACAAGCUCCAUGACUCCUUUUGGUGCUAAUGAUUCCGCUCUUUCACAGACCAAACAUUUUACUACAAUGAUGUCCUUAAAUACAUUACAUAGAAAUAAAAGGAAAAAAAGGAGGGAAGUCCAUGAAUCAGCGCUCUUUCUCGAAGUCUCAUUACUACCUUUUCUAGGGUAGAUUUGUUGGAAAAAGAAUACUUUUCCUUUCAUGUUCCCUUCUGAAUCUCUACCAUUUUCUUCUUUCAUUCUCCCAUCUUUCCUGACCUUUAAGUAAAUGACAAAGUUUGAAAAAUGAAAAAAAAAAAGUCAAUACUCUACUAUAAAAGAUUAGCUUGAAGACAUUACAAGUACUAUGAGAAAACAGACCAGAUCUGACCAAAAUACUGUGGAUUAAUGGGCUGCAGGGCAGAGUUCCAGGCAGAGCACAGUCCUCGAGAGCAGGUCACACCUUUUACUUCCUGGUACUCUCCGUCUUGGACAGACCAAGGCUUAGGAUUUUGUAGAUGUUUUUAGUAUGGUACGUGAGAAGAGCAACAGAUGAAAAGUCUCACGGACCAUUUUUGUAUCUGCAGUGAUAACCUUAGAAAAAGUCUGCUUGUGGAAGCAGACUGAGUAGUCAUCUGUCACCUCUUUGUAGUACUGUUACUCUCAGACUCAUGACCAUACAUCCUUUCCUGUUUCUUUUUCUUUUCCUCUCUUUUCUUUCCUGGUCUCCCCCUUUUACCUCCUUUCCUCCGUAUCCCGCUCCAUCCCUCCCUUCCUUUUAUGCAUGUGUUACUGCAAAUCUCCAAUUCGAAUGGAGGUGUAUAUGCCUUUACCUAGCCAAUUUAAAGACAGAACUCAAAAAAGAAGCCAUGCUGCUGAAUAUGUGUUACUGUUUCUUCAGUGCCAUACUUUGAGACCUUCCAAUUUGUUCACUGAUAUAAAUGCAAAUUGGGAAAAUAGUUAAACCUGUUUGCUGUUGAUGCUGUCAGAUGUUUCUGUAGCUUGCUGCUUAGUGUAACCAAUGGAUGGGGAAUGGGAUAAGGACAGGAUAGGUAAUUCCACUGUUGCUGUAGGUGGUGGCAAUCUCGGUCCUGAUCUAUUGAUGUGUGAAAGCUACUGAAUAUUAAAGCAAUGAGUCAUGCAGAGAUGUGAUAUUGGUGAAGCGUUUCUAGUGUUCCUCUAGCAUUUUUCAAAAUGACCCAUCUCUCUCACCUGGGAACUCUAGACUGUUUAAGGGACUGAUACUUACAGUUGGCCUCACUGUGCUUGUCCUGAUCCUUUGGGUAAGAGAAAAUGAUCACAGAAGUUUGAAUUGCUUUUAAUUUAGAAUCCAUCUCUACAGGAAAGAAAAAUUAUUUUAAUAAUAAACACCAACCAAAAUAAUUUAUCAUAGAUGCCUUUCCCACCUCAUUUUCCUCACCAAGCCAGCAACUAAAUGUAUUCAGAAAACAAGCUGAUCAAGGUGGGCAGAACAACUCUUUUUAAAUGGUGAGGAAAUGUCCCUAAGUGUAGGUUUAUUAUCUUUCAUCUAUGGCAAAAACCCAAUGUCCCUAGCACAUCACAGCCCAAUUUUGUCUUGCAGCAGCAAGACAAUAAAGUUGCUUUGUGAAUGUGGAGAAUGAGACUUUGUUAGAUUGGAAAUUUCGUUGUAAAAUAACAAGUUCUAGGGUAACUUUUGAAUUCUGAAGUUCUUAUUUCCCAGGGCUCAGCCUCUUCUGCCUACCCUUGGCCAAACUCAGAAGGGGAUUAGGAAGCUGUGACCUUGACCCCUUUCCUCCCGGUUACUCCUCCCAGCCUUUCUGAAACUUGCAGUCACCUAUCUACAGCACAUCAGCAGGGACACGAGAGAAUGCAGGGCUUUGUUUCUUUUCUUCCUCGUAGUUGUGUGAAUUCCAGAUUAGGCCUUAUGGACACUUGUUCAGUGAUGUAUCUCAAGUUUGAGAACAAACCCUGAUAAUAUUGUAGGUGCUCAAUAAACAUUAGUUGAAUAAACGACUUAGUGCCAAGAGGAGGUUUUCCGGAUAAACAGAACUUUCUCAAAUAGAACUUGAGAAAGGACAUUAGUUCAAUGUGGUCAUCUUAACCCAGGCCAGGACCUAAACCUAUUGGUUUGCCUACUAGUUGUUACUGUCAUGGCAAUAUUUGCUAGGAUGAGCCUUCUCAUUUAAUGGUGGGUGAAAAUGAGGUUGCCUUUUCAAUGUUCAGUUUGGCUUGAUCUGACUCAUAAGACUACCAGAGUCCAUGUCUGCUUCCAUUUUGGUGUGAUUUUUUUUUUUUAAAUACAAUCACUAAAUAUAUGGCAAAAUUUUCUCAAUUUCCAAUUAAAGCAUAUAUUCAUGUCAGAGAGUUGGAUUUGGAGAAUCUGUGAAAUCACAUAGCUUGCUCAUAUUAAGGAUGUUAGGGCUUUGUGUAGACUGUACCCUCACAGGAUUUUGUGCUUUCUCCUUUACCAAUGCAAGGCUUUUAUUUCUUUAUAUGCGUUUGUUAGAGCUAUUCAAUUAUAUUAACAUUUAAUUUUGAUUAUAUGGGGCCAAUUUAUCUUUCUGUGGAUUAUUUAGAAUAGGCUAUUAGGUUUUCUUGGCCUUUUCCCGCCUGUUUUUAGUCGUUUCACGUUAGCACCUCUUCCUAAGUAAAGAGGGAAGAAAAUAACUAAAAACGAAAGUCAGAUGGAUUGAUUUGAUGAUGUGUCAAUUUCUGAGUUAGAGUUUGGUAAGAAAGGUGAAAACCACUGGCCAAAAUAGAUAUUUGGUAAUUUAUUUUAAGCAAUUUAGACUUGUUGGAGAAAAGAGGCAGAAUUUAACCAAGGACUGGAUUCAUCUUUCUUCCGUUCAUGAAUGUUUGCCUUUGGGGGACAUCAGUGACUUCCAGUAUUAGAUAAUGAUUUGCUUCAUAUACCCUUUGAGUUAUACCAUAAUUCUUCCAGAUCCAGCAUCAAGUUUCAGUUAAUGAAUCUUUCUGCAUAGAUACCAGUUGCAAGUGAUUUUGAAUUGGUCCUCUGACUAAAGGGAAAAAAUAUCUUUUUUUUAACAAAUCAAGCUACAUGAAUGAAAUCAUAAUCAGAAAAAAACUUUAAUUUUUUUCCAUCUGUCAAACUAAUGGCUUUAAAGAUAGACAUUUUCUAUUUUGUAAUUCUACAGAACUCUGUGUAUUGCAUGGUCAUAAAUACUUUAGGGACCGCUGCCCUGUUAGCCUGUGGGAGAGCUCUCCUGGGGUUUACCUUUUCUUUUUUCUAGAAUUUUUUUUUUUUAACUGCAACUGGUUACUUACUUUCCUCAACCAUGUCUCUGACAGAUGUGGUUUAGUGCAACUGAAAUACUCUUGAGACUUAACUAGAAAAGCAAAAGCAGUGAAAAAACAUGUGUAUCUCAUCCUUCUGACAAAAUGUACUCCACGUAAGCUGUAUGGUUGAACGUUAGUUUGGGGAUAAGAGAGGGAUGUGUUUUGUUUCCUUUCUUCGUUUUGGAUUUCCUAUCUGUGACAUAAGCCUAUUUGUAUUUGGAGGGAACGCUGCCUUCCCUUCCAUUCUUCACACUGGAGAGAGAACAUACUGAAUUAAGAAAUGAUCAUCCCUUCCAGGAGCUCAUUAAUACAGUAAUGUUAAGGCCAGGAAGAUGCCACUUCAUCUCCUUUCGUAAACCCAUGUUGUUGGAACAUCGCAGUCAUUUUUGGGAGCCAUAGUUUAAAAACAAAUUGAGGCAUAACAAAGAUGGUGAAGGAUUUUUAAAAUUUAAGACAUUUGAAGAAUGUUUGAAGGAUUUAGGGAAAUGUAGCUUGGGAGAGGGAGAGGAUUACAGUCAGUACAUUAGAGCAAGACUGUGGCUCAAAGGGGUGGAAUGAGGCCCACUGAAGAGAGGCCACAAGGCCACAGAUUUGAACUUCAUGUCAGGGAGAACUUUCUCAAAAAGUUGGUUCACCAUGGAAGGGGCUGCCUCAGGUACCGGUCUGUCAAGCAGAGGUUACGUAAGAACUCAGCAAAGAUGAUGUGGAGAAGAUCCCAGCAUUUGCUGGGUAACAUCUUCAAUUAAAUAUCUGUUGACGCACAGCUAAUGAUUUUUUUUUUAAGGCUUUGAUCUUCUGUCCGAAGUGCAUCCCAUCCUCCAGGAAGGAGGUUGGUAACAUGUUGUUAUGUCAAGAGACUGGCUUGCCAUUAUGCCCUAUUCUGGGAUUGCUUUGUGGGAUUCACUGAUGUCCCGUUGAAAUCACAAACUGGGUCUUGAGUUAAAAUUUUUAAGAGGUAUUGUUUUAGUAGAAGUUACAUGAAAUCAUGGAAACUUUGUGUUUGUCACUUGCCAAAAAUUGGCUAUGCUCGGUUUUAGUGAAUAACUGGUAUCUCUUCAGAAUUUCAGGAUAGGCCUUUUUAGCAGAGCAGAAUCUUCAGUGAAAGGUCCCAUAAAUAUACCAACAUGAAGUUUUGCAGCUCCCAUCACAGAUGGGCUGGUGGUCACUGACAUAAAACAGUCCCCAAGAUCUAUUCUGGAAAAAUCUCAAAUGACAUUUGGUCAGUUGAUCUGAUUCUCUUAAAAAAAAAAAAAAAAAAAGAAAGGAAAAAU